AUUUAGAACGUCGAUCCAACGGUGUGGUAAAUACGAUGUAUAGACGAAGACAGUCUAAUUUAUCAAUUCAAAUUUUGAAUAAAUAAAUUUUUUUACACGAAACGUUGUAAUAGAGUAAACAAUAAUGGAAAACACCGAACGAGAAGCCGCAUUACCACAGAAAUUAUUCCAAUUUCAAAGUGGUUAACGUAUUAUGUAGUGUACGUGCGAAAAUUAAUUUUAAUUACAAAUUUAAUUUAAAAAAUUAUCCGACAUAUCAACAUAUAAAACUGGGGGUUUUAAUGGUAAAUGAACAGUGCACUAAUGUCUGUACCAAUUAAAAUUCAAUUCAUUUUCGCUGCAAACCACGGAUAUAAUACCCGUAUAUUGUUUUCCCCUUUAAUUGAAUUACCUUUGACAGAUUAGAAAAAGGGAUAAAACAUCAUUCAUUCUGUGUAUGCAAAAUUUACCAGUGGAUAUCUACCUAUCUACUACACACAUCAAAUUAGACAACACAAAAGAAAGGACUGUUUGUUAAACGAUUUUAUGAUUACACAAUUAGUGUGAUUUGAUUAUUUUUAAAAUGUGUCGAUGUAAAACAUUAAUUAUUUCGGUGGUGUUCUGUGCCAUUUGCUAUACAAAUAUUGUUUUAUCCUCACCGAAUGCCUGGCCGAAAAUGAGGAAUUACGACAUUUGGGAAACAAUAAAGUCACCGAGGCAUGAGCGAUCUGAAGAUAUCAACAGUAACUCUGCAAAUGUAACUGGUUCACGGGACAGUAGAGUUCUCAACUUCUUUCCUGUACCUGUUGACGAUGAGUGUUUAUCAGAUGACGGAAGGAGGUCUGGUGUUUGUCUCAACGUGUACGAAUGUCGAAUACAGGGUGGCAGUUCAAGAGGACAAUGCGCUUUAGGCUUUGGCGUAUGUUGUGUUUUUACUGCCACAUGUGAACAGGAGGUUUUUAACAACAUUACAUAUAUUGUGUCCCCAAGCUUUCCAGCAUUGAUGUCGAAUGAUGUCAAAAGUUGCAAGCUUAAAAUCAAAAUGAUUUCCCCAGACAUCAGUCAGCUCCGACUAGACUUUGUUCAUUUUUCCAUUGGGCAGCCGAAUCGACGCACGGGAAUUUGUGACGGAGAUAUAUUUUCAUUAACCGGCGGCAUUGGAGGUGAUUUUAUGUUGUGUGGCCAAAACAAUGGACAACACAUCUAUUAUGACGUACCGGUUGCCAAUACAAUGGGUCGACGGGGACGACAAGAAGUAAGCGAUAUAGAACUAUUUAUGAACUUUACCGAUAGAUUUGCAUCAACUCGAUUGUGGGAAAUACGAGUCGCGCAGAUACCAUUCAGUCAAAGAGCGCCCAGUGGAUGCCUACAAUAUUUUACUUCUCCCAGUGGAAUUAUUCAAACAUUUAAUUUCGCUGAGAAUGGUCGCCACUUAGCCAAUCAAAAUUAUAGAGCUUGUGUUCGACAGGAGACAGGAAUGUGCUCCAUUUCGUAUGAACCAUGUACGGAGCAAUCGUUCCGAAUCGGUCAACGAAAUCCAGCCAAUAUUGAUAAUAUGCAGGAUGUGCAAAGCGUCAGUAUGGAUCCCAUAGGAAGUGACGUUACUUCAAUGAUGACAGCUCAAGCUCCUGCUACAACCAAUCAGCAGCAAACAGCUCCAAUAUCUGAAACACCAGUUCAGGAUGCGGCUCCAGCUGAACCCGUUCAGGAUCAGCAAGUAGCUGCCGACACAGCCGAAGAUGUCGUUGAAGGUUCCGGUGGAGGUGAUAUUCCUCCAAUUGCACCAGUCCAACCAGGUUUCUUUUCAUCGUUUUUCUCCCGACGCGUUUUCAGCUACAGACAAAGUAGACAAUAUUUUUCGCAGUGCAAUGAUCGCAUUACAAUGCCUUGCAUCGUAGAAGAUUUCAUAGCAGCUGGCAUGGGAAAUGUCCCUGAUUGCACUCCCAUUCACUGCGGUGAUUCAUUGUGCGCUCCUGGUGUGUUACCAUGUCGCGUAGAAUCAACAGUGACGCCAUUUGGACUGGGUGUUCGUUUUGGCGAUGGAUUAGACAAGGGAAGCCCAGAGGAUAAUAUAGGAGCUUGUUUGAGAUUUAGUCAAGUAAAUUGUGCGUAAAUGUUGUAAUUGUAUGGGAACGAGUUACCGUAUAAUCGGUAGGGCGAGUAUGUCAAUCAGAUGUCGAACGAUGAUGCUCAUCGUUCUCUCAAACAACGAGGUUAAAUGUAAUUAGUCGUGGGCGAAACGUAGAAAGGACAACACUUGUAUUUCACAUCACUGUGAAUCAAAUAAAUAAUUGUUCAUUUUAUGGAAUCGGUUGGCGUUUUUAUUCAACUAGAACUUCAUCGUUUCCUAU